AAAUUCUACCUCUCGUGGAGUUCACCGUGGAUCCGAAUCUGCCUAUUGACGAGGCGGUCAAGUUGGUCGAAUCGGAGCCACCACUUGACGGAGUCUAACUUCAAUCCUUUCCAAACUGCAUCGAAGAAAUCAGCUGAGGUGUGCCUCAAUGCGGAAGACCUGGCGCGCCUGGAAAAAGGUCAGGUGGUGGUACUUCAUCUACCGCCACCCUUGAAAACACGGUUUCUUUUCAAUCAAAUGCCUUCGAUAUCAGUUUCGAAAUGCCCAUCAUGUAAUAAGGUGUUUCACAGUGAUGAUUUUGAAAUGGCGGUCUUACAAGAAGGACAUUGUCCAUUUUGCCGAAGCGUGCAGGAGCGAUCGGAUAACCCUUAUCUCAUAGAUGAAAGCUGA